UCUGAAGAUGACUGUCCAGCUGCUACAUUUGAUAUUGCACCCAUUCGGGACUGUAAAUAAAUAAAAUCCUGUUAUUGCCAUAUGCCAAGAAGCAAAUUCAUCUUCCUUGCCUCGGGAGGUUCUUCAACAUUUGCAAAAGUGUCAUGGGGCUUUGGUAAUCCAUUUUCCACCAGCAAAUUUGUUUUCGUUGGCAAAUUGUAGGUCUUCCGAAGGAACUCUGCGUUUGUCUCAUCGCUGCAGUAGCGCAAAAAUUGCAAAGAGUGUGGUUUGAUUCCGUCGGACUCUAUUGAUUAGAAGUUGGAGAUGAUGGAAGCCUGGAUUUUGCAGAAGUACCAUAACUCUCGAGAGUACAGCAUUUGAACUGCUCAACUAUGUUCUCUGUAUCAGUGUGAAAUACGGGAGAACUGCUUUAACUGUGUUGCACCCUCAAGUAAGAUCAACUGGAAACCAUCAAAGGAUGCUUUCAUUAUAUCAGAAAUAACUCGUUCUAUGCGCUAUUGACGAAAUAACCUCCAAAUAGUACUCAAGUUCCUAAAGAGAAGGUUCGGUUCUAGAUGAUGAAACUUCCCCAACAUACAGUCCAUCCCAAAGGACCCGGUUCAAAUCAUGGAAGACGACCUUUUGUGCUGUUGCCUCACAUGGUUAUGGAUCCCUUCCACAUAAGAAGCAACUGAACGUUCAAACACUGUCCCUAACCCCAUUUAUCAUGUUAUCCCUAGAAUUGGCAGAUGGAUUUGAUCGAGGAGUUUUAAAUUGAAUU